GAUACGUGCCUCGGCAGCAGCAGGAGCCAUGGAUCCAACAGAGAAGGAGUCAGAAGAUGUAAAAAUGUUUAAAUCUAAAGCAGCGUCCGUGUCUUUACCGAAACACUCCUACUGGUUUGACUUUUGGCUGUUUUUGCUGUUUGAUAUAGUUUUCUUCUUCGUCAUGUAUUUCAUAGUCCCGUAAAAUAACGGUUUCCAGCCUAUAUCUUUUAAUCCUGAGGACAUGGAGUGCUGCCCCGCUGUGGAUAAUACUAACCCAGCUCUGGCUAAAAUAAACACCCACCACAUUAUUGGCGAUAUCCCAAGGUUCCAGAGCUCAGACCAGAGGACUGUGACAUCUGUGAAUUGGCACCUUGUUGUCGUGCCAGAGGUUUACAAAGCUCCUGCUGAUGGUGAACUCUUGCUAGUUGCUGUGGAUUGACUUUCUACACAGAUGGACUCAUGCUGUGGGAUGAAGAGAUGCAUCUUGGAAGUAUUUAUGAAAAGUGGCAGUGAUCACUUGUGAAAUUGUUUUGCUUUAAAGUCCAAUAAACAAUGCUGAGUGUUAUCAGUUAUCAGCCGAAAUGUUACUGAGUAGAGCAAAUUAGCCCAUUAAUGUUUUUAAUUCACUAAUUAUUGUUAAUACUGUUAAAUUGCACUGCAUUCUGUCAUGUCUUUCUCUGUGUGUUCCUGUUUGUUUCUCCAAUGUGCCUGUUAACCUGAAAACAACUAAGCUCGUAGUCGUCCAUGUGAUGAGCCAGUGUGGAGUCAUUAAAGACGCCAGAGAAUGAUGCUGAGAUUGUACCUUCAUAUCACUCCAUAAAGAACAAUGUGUGCUUCCAACAUGCUAAAAACCUGAAGAUUUGCACAAAAUACAAUUCUGUCCGUUUCCGGUUUGGCGGAGCAGUGGGUUACUGUUUUAACGCCUAUGCUAGACUGACUUUAUAAAGUGAUUGUACAUCCUCUGCAUGAUGGAAACGACUAUCAGUACGCAGCAAGUGGAAAAUGCAGAUAUAUUCCUGCCCCUGUCAUCUCUGCGGCUGCUGAUACCUCCUCUGCGGCUGCUCUCUGCAGCCAUGUGGCAGGUGGCUCAGCAGAGGGAUGUCCUGGAUUAUGAAAAGCUAGAUGAGUUUGUGACUCUGGUGACAGCAACAGUCCCAGACCUGCUCAACCCAAAGCAAAGAGGAAAACUGCUCCUUCGACUGCGAGCUAAAAUUAUUCUUGAGUUGUGUAAAAGUGAAGAAAAUGCCAACAUGUUGUGUAUACAGCCACACCUAGAACGACUGCGUCCACCAGGAUACAGAGGUAGUGGGGAUGCAGAAGUGGAUGCAGAGGAGGCAAUUUUCCUGGAGCUCAUCCACACACUACUGAAGGACCCAGAGGAGAGGAAGCAUUUUUACCAGGAAGUUUUUCCUACAGAAUAUGGUCUCAGCUAUGAUACAGACAUGCAGCUCCUUGUGUGGGAGUUUCUUUCCAGGCUGGAGAAGCUCCUGCCAGUACCAGAUCUUGGUCAGACAGUUUUAUGGCUGACCUCUGCCCCCUCUGUGCUGAAGGACUGCUUACAAGCUCUCUCUAAUCCUGAUGACCUCAGGUCACUUCUGCAACACCACAAAAGCCUUGAACACCUUGGUAGGCAAGGUGCCACUGUGGAGAUGUCCACCCAGGUGUUUGCCUGCUCUGAGUGUCCAUUCUUCCACAUGGAGGAGUCCUACCUGCUACAACAUAUUGAACUAAACCAUCCUGAGCAGUACAACAAACUCCAGGAGGCUGCAGCAACAGCUCAGGCUCCCAAGAAGAAAGUUCAGCGACCUGAGUUCCCAAAGCCCUUCCCCAUUCAUCACAGACCGGACCCUCACAUGUGUCAAGAGUGUGGCAAAACUUUCACACGUGCCUCAGAUGUGACCCGUCACCAGCGUACCCACACCGGUGAGCGCCCAUACACCUGUGAAGAAUGUAAAAAGGGUUUCAGGAACUCUUGGGAUCUGACGAGACAUCAACGCAUUCACACUGGAGAGCGUCCAUUCCUUUGCUCACAGUGCGGAAAACGUUUCACUCAGAUGGGACUUCUCAAACUGCAUUUUGAGCGAACUGCUUGUGGCCAGACUUGCAACCCUCCUCUUGACUUAAUGACAGAGGUGGUGGUAGCAGAGGAGACACCAGAGAAAGAGGGUGGCCAGUACAAAUGUCAGAAAUGUGGUGAGAGCUUCACUAGUAUCCUGGAGCGACUGAGGCACAGGCAGAGUCAUGUAGUUAGGCGUCAGUACAAAUGCUCUUUGUGCGAAAAGAUUUACAGCCGAGCUUCAGACCUCAAAAGGCACCAGAUGAAACACACCGGUGAGCGGCCAUUUUCCUGCGAGUGUGGUAAAAGCUUUACACAUGUGUGGCUCCUGAAUAAGCACAGGCAGAUCCACACCAGAGAGCGUCCGUACCCCUGCACAGAGUGUGGAAAGAGCUUCACUCAGCUCCAGAUCCUCAACAGGCACUUGCUGACUCACAAUGGCCAGCGGCCUUUCCAGUGUUCCUACUGUGAGAAGAGUUUCACUCAGCUGGCCAGCCUUACACGGCAUGAAAGAAUCCACACAGGAGAGAGGCCGUACCUUUGCUCUACGUGCAAUAAGACAUUCCUCACACAUGGAGAACUGGUGAGGCAUCAGCGCAGCCACAGCAACUAUAGACCGUUCAGUUGCCCACAGUGCCCAAAGAGCUUCAAAACCAAGCGUGCUCAAAGUGAACACCUCAACACGCACACAGGUGAACGACCUUUUGCCUGCACACGUUGUGGGAAGAGGUUUGCCAAAUCCACCUCGCUUGUCCGGCAUAACCUGACCCACACAGGGGAGCGGCCCCAUCAGUGCCCUCAGUGCAUGAAAACCUUCCUGACUUCUGGGGAGCUCCUCCUACACAAGAGGAUCCACACAGGAGAAAAGCCCUAUCCCUGCACAUACUGUGAGAGGAGGUUCAGGUGUUCCUCUGACCUAAACAUGCACAUCCGAACACACACUGGGGAAAAGCCCCACAGCUGCCUGUUCUGUAAGAAGAGCUUCUCUACUUCUACGAGGCUUAAGCGGCACUUAAGGACACACAUGGAGAAGGGUGUAGUUGUGGAGCCACUGUCUGAAACUAAUGUUUUUAUCUGAUUGUAAUCAUUUUUACUUUGUCAUUAAAUGUAAAAAAUACGUUUA